AUGAAUAGGGAAUAUGGACGUAAAGAUUAUGUGGAUGUUGGUUGCUCUUUAAGAAUAUAUGUAUAUACUGAACUGAUUGUGAUGAAGCACAAGUAUCGGCUUCAAGAACAUUGCGUCCAAGAUCGCCAACGAGCUCAAGCUGUGACUGCCCGGGAGCGUCCCCCCUCCCCCGCCGCCGCGCUCGGACAGUCUGCGUCUGUCGGCCGAGGACAUGGUACUAUCAGCCAACGCGGGCGCGAGGACCUCCACCGGAGCCCUGGCGCACUACCUGACCGCCGAGCUGCUCGCAACACGCCCCCAGCCGCGAUCGGCGCUGUCUCUCAGAGUGGACAGCGAGCCGGCGCCCUGCAUCAAACUGACAGCCAGCGCGCACGCUCUCCCUUAUAUACCCAUACUGCCCCCUCCUCCGCCGCCCGCAACUCGCCCCGCCCCCUUGCCGCUGGAGCCCCUCCCCCCGCCGGAGCUAUUCGACUUCUGACCCGGGACGCUGACUAA